AGCCCGAUGUUCGCCGAUUUGGGGGCUCUCGAUGCUUACAAGGAGAAGAUCUCCAAGAAAGUGCCUCGGCCUCCUCAAGUAUUCCGUACAUCCUACGAUGCCGAAAUCGCCUGCAGAUUUCUUCGCCACGACGACGUUGAUGCAGACAGUCGAAGGAUCAUGGCGAUAAUCUUUGAAGAAACUCUCCGGCAUUACCCUAAAGAUGCACAAGUAAUUCUAAUGUACACCUACUAUCUGUCCCGUUGGGGGGAUGACCCGGAAGCUUGCCUGAAACAGCUCACCGCAGCGAAGCUUUCAAGCCCAUCGCUUGAUGUUCGCUUUCGCAUCUACAUGGAGGAACGUGACUUCGAGCAGGCCGCCCAAUCUGAGGACAUGGGAGUCAGCCACCUUUAUGUUUCCUCAUAUGCCGUCUAUCACCUCAUCCACGUCGAAUAUCAGUCCCUAGAGCGUCAAGCUACGAGGUUCCAUCUCACCUCGUUGAUGGCUCUGAAAGGAUUUACGAGCUUUCUUCUCGAUGUUCCGCUUCUGGAAAAUAUGUAUCACUUGCAGCGCAAAGCGAUGGAAUACUACACUAAAUUGACGACCAAGUUUCCGAGAAAACAUGUUUUCCGCAAGUUUGCCAAAUUUCUGAUCACCGAUCUGGCCGUUCAGUACCUGAAAAGAGCCGAUGACAUUGAGGAAACGGAAGAGAUGGAUUUCAGAGAGCGAGCAAACGGUUUCUUCAUGGAUCAAACCGGAAUGGGAGGAGACACCUUACCAGACCGGGAGCCCAUUUCAAAUUCGGUAAACAUAGAUAGCAGCAGUGACCGGAUGCAGUCCCUGAGGAGACCGAGAGCGCGCAUGGCGGUCGAUACGAUUCAAGAAAGCCUGUCGAGGGAAAUCGAUCAGUUCGAGCCUCCAAUGCCUCUUCGUCAGCCGUCCGUUGAGGUGGUAGCGGAAGGACCAGCGGAGACUAUACCUAACUCGAUCUUCAGCAACGAGACGCCGCGCGUCGACCGGGCCCCAAUGUUCUCUUUGGAUUCGGGUCCUACAGAAACGAGCCGACGACCGUCCGUCCGUCCGCGCGCGACAAUCAUGGCGCAGGAAACGCCGGAAUUUGUUAGUGACUUCGGUGUCGAAUAUCUGGGAGAGAACGGGAAAAUCGCAAACGUCCCAGGACCGAGAUCUCAGGCGUCGGCACACGCGCAUUCGUCUACAAGAGAAGCGAGGAAGCAGAGGUCCUGA